AUGGAGCAGUGCGAGUGCCCGUUUGGCGAGAACAGCCCUCCGGAUAAGCGCACCAAGGCCCAAGCGCCUUCCACCAAGGCUGUGGGCUCUGUUGGCUCUCAAGGGGUGAGCACCGCCAGCUCCCCAGGCACCCCAGCUGCCCGGCCCUCACUGGCAAAGCAAACAUGCCAGUAUAAACAGGCCGAGACAGGCCGAAAUGAUCCGGAAGAAACCUCAGCAGCCACUCCCCCUUCAAGCCCACAGGCCCCCAGUCCUCCUCAAAGGCCUAAUUCAUUGAUCUUCGCCAUCCCGGCUCACCGCCUCAGCAUGUCCUCGGCCACUCCAUCACCUCCGCUGCCCCAGAUGGCCUCACCGCUGCCACCAUCAGUCGUCCACGCCGCCUCCGCCAGCCGCCACACGCCACUGCAGCCGCGAACAGAGAACGUCGGGGAGCACCAGGAAACGCCGGAAAAGCCGCCAGCGGCCAGCCACCACCCCAAUCAGGCCUGCCGCGCCUGGAAAUCACGCCCAGGAACCGCCGCUUUCCAUGCCUCCGUUUCAGUCCAUGUCUUCCAUGCCUCCGUUUCUGUCGCCCCGAUCGUCCUCGAGGGCAAGACAACCCUCAUCGUGGCGGCAAGGUGUUCCUCAGCAAGGUACAGGGGCCAUGCUGACAAAAAGCCCCCUCCUCAGCCCAACCUCCCCAGGAACGGACCACCAGCCUCUGCCCCGAUUCAUCACACCGCCAUCUUGCGCAUGCUCCCUAGAGCUUAA